AUGCGCAUCUCAACAAUCAGACAACGUCGCGCACAUUCGGCCGUACGAAGACGCACAAUCAAGCAAGUCGCUGCUGCCAUCCCCACGAGGUCAAUCGAGGCUCCUUCAUUCACACCACACUUCUCCGAAGAACCCGGAUGCGAUUCGAUAGUCGUUGGUUGUAAAUCCGGCAUUGCGCAAAUCGAAAUCACUAAUGGCGGAACCACCGAGACUAUCAGCUAUGACUGCUCGUUAUCCGGACAAAGGACCCAGUCUGUCACUUUUGAUCUCAAGGACUUUGAUCAAUCUACACCUCUUCGCUUAGACGUACUUGGAUGCAAUGGCCGCGUCAAACGAACUUCAGAUGCCUGGAAGACGACGAUCCAGGAUAUCAUUCGCAUUAACAACUCGAACGUUGUCCUGCGCAAACAAUCUGCCAUUGGUAUCGACGUGCGAACCAGCGAUGGUGACGAGGAAACCGGCGAUAUUCCCGAUGGCCACAAGUGGGCAGUGCUACUCCAGGAGAAGGGUAACAACGGCAAGCUCACACGCGCAAAGACAAUCGACUUGCGAAUUGGCGCCAUCCUUGACGGAGCAGUUGUAUACUACGAGGACGGACACACGACACCCUGUGGACUUCGCUAUGGCCACAGCGGCGCCAAUCAUUACUUUGGCGGCGGCAAUUCUCAGAAGUUGCACAUCCCUCCAGGUGUCGACAUUGUCAAAGUAGAGGUGAACAGGUUCGGAUGGGGUAACCAGGUGUUGGGUGGCAUAGUCAUGACUUUGUCAGAUGGAACCAAGGCAGGGUGUCUCAACGGUCAUUGGCUAGCCACCUCGAUGUUUAAGAACAACGAUUUCAAGGUGAUGGAAGCGGGAGUGGGAGAGAAGAUUGUCGGUUUCUUUGGCACGUCUGUUCAUUAUACCAAUGAAUUCGGUAUCAUCACUGGGCCUGCGGAUGUGGAGCUUCCACCUCAAGCAUACGAUAUGGCUGAGCUCCAGAACAUUCAGGCUCGAGACUGGGCUAGCAACAAGUAG